UACUGGGCGGCGGAGGCUGCAGCUACCUUUGCGCGCUUGCCUCUAGGACGCCUCGCGCUGCCGAGGUCGGGGGCGGCGCCCUGCUGCCGCUGGGCCUUCGGCUAUUCCACGCAGACCACACCGUCCUCCAGAAACCAUGGGUGUUGCUAGACCCAGCUGGGAUUCUGCCAAGCUUUGGUGCUCAGUCUAAGACAAGGGCUGCCUUCCAGCCCUGCUCGCCCAGCCUGUCAUGGCCACACGCCGAUGCCUCCCGCUUGUGUGGGGACACAGGGCACCCAGCCCCAACCCUGAGAGGUUAAGCAAGGCCUUCUGGCUCCAUUCCACAGGGACACUGCAGGCCCUGGGCUCCUUUCAGAGCAAGAGCAACUGAUGACAUGGAAGAAGCCCCUACCCACCUGUCUACUUGCCCGGCACUGCCUGCUCCGAGACCCAUGCCCUGGGCCCUUCUGCAGGUGCCAAUCCUGUGAGCUCCUUCCCAUCCCCCUGGCCCAACACUGAGAAGGUUCAGUCUAUCCCCAUCAUGUGUGAGGUGAUGCCCACAAUCAAUGAGGGGGACCCCCUGGGACUCCCCCAUGGUGCCGAUGCUGACGCCAACUUUGAGCAGCUGAUGGUGAACAUGCUAGAUGAGCGAGAGAAGUUGCUAGAAUCCCUUCGGGAGAGUCAGGAGACUUUGGUAGCCACACAGAGCCGGCUCCAGGAUGCCCUUCACGAGCGAGACCAGCUCCAGCGCCACCUGAACUCUGCCCUCCCCCAGGAAUUUGCCACUUUAACUCGGGAGCUAAGCAUGUGUCGGGAGCAGCUUCUGGAGCGGGAGGAAGAGAUAUCUGAGCUGAAAGCAGAGCGGAAUAAUACAAGGCUGCUUCUGGAACAUCUGGAAUGCCUUGUGUCCCGCCAUGAGCGGUCACUGCGGAUGACAGUGGUAAAACGCCAGGCCCAGUCACCUUCAGGCGUCUCCAGUGAGGUGGAGGUGCUGAAAGCCCUCAAGUCACUAUUUGAGCACCACAAGGCCCUGGAUGAGAAGGUGCGAGAACGGCUCCGGGCAGCACUAGAGCGCGUUACCACCUUGGAGGAGCAGCUGGCAGGAGCUCACCAGCAGGUAUCUGCCCUGCAGCAGGGGGCAGGAAUUCGGGAUGGAGUGGCGGAAGAGGAAGGGACCAUGGAGCUGGGACCAAAACGCCUAUGGAAAGAUGACACUGGCCGGGUGGAAGAGUUGCAAGGACUCUUGGAGAAGCAAAACUUUGAGUUGAGCCAGGCCCGUGAGCGACUGGUCACCCUGAGUGCCACUGUGACUGAACUUGAGGAGGACCUGGGCACAGCCCGCCGAGACCUCAUCAAGUCCGAGGAGCUGAGCAGCAAACAUCAGCGGGACCUCCGGGAGGCUCUGGCUCAGAAGGAGGACAUGGAAGAGCGAAUCACCACACUGGAGAAGCGCUACUUGGCUGCUCAGCGAGAGGCCACAUCCAUCCAUGACCUUAAUGACAAACUGGAGAAUGAGCUGGCCAACAAAGAGUCCCUGCACCGCCAGUGCGAGGAGAAAGCCCGGCAUCUGCAGGAGCUAUUGGAAGUGGCAGAACAGAAGCUGCAGCAGACAAUACGCAGGGCAGAGACUCUGCCGGAGGUGGAGGCAGAGCUGGCUCAGAGGAUUGCAGCCCUCACCAAGGCUGAGGAACGUCAUGGCAACAUUGAGGAACAUCUGCGGCAGCUGGAAGGGCAGCUGGAAGAGAAGAACCAGGAGCUGGCAAGGGUGCGCCAGCGGGAGAAAAUGAACGAGGACCACAACAAGCGGCUGUCGGACACCGUGGACCGGCUGCUUAGCGAGUCCAAUGAGCGCCUACAGCUGCACCUCAAGGAGCGAAUGGCUGCUCUGGAGGAGAAGGGCCGCCUGUCUGAAGAGAUUGAGAAGCUGCGCCAAGAGGUGGACCAGCUGAAGGGUCGAGGGGGGCCGUUUGUGGAUGACAUCCACUCCAGGUCACAUGUGGGCAGCACAUCAGAUGUGAGGUUCUCUCUGAGUACAGCGACGCAUGCGCCCCCAGGUCUGCAUCGCCACUAUACGGCGCUGAGGGAAGAGUCUGCCAAGGACUGGAAGCCAUCACCACUGCCGGGGGUGUUGGCCACCACCACACCUGCCUUUGACAGUGACCCUGAGAUUUCUGAUGUGGACGAGGAUGAGCCUGGUGGCUUGAUGGGCACUCAGGCUGAUGUCAUCUCACCCGGUGGCCACUCUGAUGCUCAGACUCUGGCCAUGAUGCUGCAGGAGCAGCUGGAUGCCAUCAACCAGGAGAUCAGGAUGAUCCAGGAGGAGAAAGAGUCCACGGAGCUCCGUGCUGAGGAAAUUGAGACUCGUGUGACCAGUGGCAGCAUGGAGGCCCUCAAUCUGACACAGCUGCGCAAGCGCGGCUCUAUCCCCACCUCUCUGACUGCCCUGUCCCUGGCCAGUGCAUCUCCUCCACUCAGUGGCCGCUCCACACCCAAGCUUACUUCCCGAAGUGCUGCCCAGGAUCUGGACCGGAUGGGGGUCAUGACCUUGCCCAGCGACCUAAGAAAGCAUAGGAGGAAGCUGCUGUCGCCAGUGUCUCGGGAAGAGAACCGAGAGGAUAAAGCCACCAUAAAAUGUGAGACUUCUCCUCCUUCCUCACCCAGGACGCUGCGGCUAGAGAAGCUUGGCCAUCCUGCCCUGAGUCAAGAAGAAGGCAAGAGUGCCUUGGAGGGUCAGGACAGCAAUCCCAGCAGCAGCAACAGCAGCCAGGACUCUCUGCACAAGGGCGCCAAGCGCAAGGGCAUCAAGUCAUCCAUUGGCCGCCUGUUUGGGAAGAAGGAGAAGGGCAGGCUGAUCCAGCUGAGUCGGGAUGCCACAGGCCAUGUUCUUCUCACAGAAUCCGAGCUCAGUCUGCAGGAACCAAUGGUACCUGCCAAGCUGGGGACCCAGGCAGAGAAGGACCGGCGACUGAAAAAGAAACACCAGCUGCUUGAAGAUGCUCGCCGAAAAGGAAUGCCCUUUGCCCAAUGGGAUGGCCCCACGGUAGUCUCCUGGCUGGAGCUCUGGGUAGGGAUGCCUGCCUGGUAUGUGGCAGCCUGCCGGGCCAAUGUCAAGAGUGGUGCCAUUAUGUCCGCCUUGUCGGACACAGAGAUCCAGCGGGAAAUCGGCAUCAGCAAUGCCCUGCACAGGCUCAAGCUUCGCCUGGCCAUCCAGGAGAUGGUGUCACUGACCAGCCCCUCAGCUCCGCCUACCUCCAGGACUUCUUCAGGGAAUGUCUGGGUGACACAUGAAGAGAUGGAAACUCUGGCAACAUCUACCAAAACAGACAGUGAGGAGGGCAGCUGGGCCCAGACCCUGGCCUAUGGAGACAUGAAUCAUGAGUGGAUUGGAAAUGAAUGGCUGCCCAGCCUGGGGCUCCCUCAGUACCGUAGUUACUUCAUGGAGUGCCUGGUGGAUGCGCGCAUGCUGGAUCACCUCACCAAGAAGGAUCUGCGGGUCCACCUCAAGAUGGUGGACAGCUUUCAUCGAGCCAGUCUUCAGUAUGGCAUCAUGUGUCUGAAGAGGCUGAACUAUGACCGGAAGGAGCUGGAGAAGAGGAGGGAGGAGAGCCAGCACGAGAUCAAGGAUGUGCUGGUCUGGACCAAUGACCAGGUGGUUCACUGGGUCCAGUCCAUAGGGCUAAGGGACUACGCAGGAAACCUACACGAGAGCGGUGUGCAUGGUGCCCUGCUGGCCCUGGAUGAGAACUUCGACCACAACACACUGGCCUUAGUUCUACAAAUCCCCACACAGAACACCCAGGCCCGCCAAGUGAUGGAGAGAGAGUUCAAUAACCUGCUGGCCUUGGGCACAGACAGGAAGUUGGAUGAUGGGGAAGAGAAGGUGUUCCGUCGAGCACCCUCCUGGAGGAAGCGCUUCCGGCCACGAGAUCACCACAGCGGUGGCAUGCUGGGCACCUCAGCGGAGACCCUCCCGGCGGGCUUCCGUGUGUCCACGCUGGGCCCGCUGCAGCCCCCUCCUGCCCCGCCCAAGAAGAUCAUGCCGGAAGCUCACUCCCACUAUCUCUACGGACACAUGCUCUCCGCCUUCCGGGACUAGCCACGGCCCCCAGGGCGGGCUCGUGGUUUCGCAGGCGCAGCCGCCCUGACCCUUCCUGCUCGUUCCCUUUCUCCCUUGGCUCCCAGUCUCUCCUCUGUGACUUCCCAGUUGCCCGGGAUCUCAGAAUAUGCUUGUCUGCUCCGUCGGCAUCCCACCAUCCGAGUCCUACUUCCUGCCCCUUUUGUAAGUCUCUGGUGGAUGUGACCAGGGUCUCCUGUGUGUGGCGGCACCCAGGUUGUUGUGUUUGAGAUUCUGUGGGAGAGACAGAAGGGCACUGCUGAGUGCAUCCACCUUCCCUCUUCUGGAUCUGGUUUGGUCUGGACUACGGGCUGAUCAGGCUCAGGAUCCUGGACUAAGGACUGAGAUGGUCCUUCCAAUAAAGGCCAUUGCGGACUUACUGGCCUUAUGGUCCCCUCCACUCUGGCUGUGCCGGAUGGCCUGAGUGGUUUUGGCACCCCCUCUCUCAGUAUCACUCCCUUUUCCCAAACUCCAUCACCAGUGUCGGUAGCUAUGCCUCCAAGUCUUGCUUGCCGGGUCAUGAGGGGUGUAGAAUACCCCAGCCCCUCUAGGACAAAGCCUGGAGGGGAACUGAGGAAGACUAAGGUAGAAACUGGGCCCAAGCUGAUGCAGAAUCCCAACUAUGUGAGAGAAACAGACCCCAGAGCUUUGGGCCAAGGGUGAGGGAAGGGAAACUCCUUAGCUCCUUGCCCUGUAGGAAGUAUAGUCAGGUAAACUAGAGAGAGAGCUUGAUGGCCUUUGUACCUAAGCCCAAAGGGCAGCGGGGAUGUCUCUAGCACCAGCCACAAAUGACGCUGCUACUGAACUGAGUGAGCUGUUGACUCUGCCCUGAAUGGAAAGGGAGUGGGGGAGAGCCUUCCCUUUUAGUGAAUCAUGUCCCAGGUCCAGGGAAUCUAAAGUGGACUGAGGCAGUCUCCUUUGUGUGCCCUCAUACCAACCAUUCCUCCUUUAGGGUUCUUUGGGGCAUAAGGAGCUAAUUCCUCAAGACAUUCUUGAUCCUCUCUCUCCCCUCACUAUUUUAUUUGCCUUUUUAGGCAGCAUGGUGGGACAGGACAGAUUUAUGAGGAGUAUCAAUCAUUCCUCUUCCAGACCAAUUCCUUAACCUUUGGAAAGCUCAGGACUUAAUGUCAGGGUGGGUUCAUAGAACCCGAUACUUACUGGAAGAGGAAAGGGAAAGUGCCUGGAUUGUGUUUGUGGGAGACAGGCAGCAGGGUGCCAUCCUACAGGUGACUGGGGUAGCUGGUUUGCCAUCUCAUCCACUGGGGUUCUGAGCAGGGUCUAGGCUAACAGGUGGAGAAAUGAGCCAGAACUCCCUGUCUGAAAAGGACUUAGAGCCUUGUGCUGCAGCUCAGUGGAAGACAGCUUGGCUAAUAGGGUGAUGGAAUGGGCUCACCUAGGCUGGGUCAGGCAACCACCUAUCCCUGAUCCCAUUGUUUCUGCUUCCCUACCAGCGAGACUGCUGGAAAUGGAGAUGAGAAACAAUGAAGUAGAACAUGAAUUGGUUAGAAACCCCACCCCCCAUCCUGAAAGCUGGACUUACAGAGAAGUACCAGCGACCUGAGGUGGAAAGAGUUGAGCAUGACAGUAGCAUCUGCCUCCUUCUAGGGACUCUGUGGGCUAGUUAUGUGGGAGAGUCAUCCCUGCCCCUCCUCUACCUUGUAACACUGUCAUGGUUUGCGAUGUCAUAGGUAGCAGCUGGGAUCCAGGUCCAUUCAGGGCCAGCAGGGAGGACAAACUAGGGGAGUCUGCAUGCAGUGAUGAAAGGCUGCUGUUGCGGUGUACCCCUUGCCUCAUUGUCAAUAUACAUAUAUAUAUAUAUUUAUUUUAUUUUAUUUUUCUGGAGAGCCACCAGUGACCCAGGCUCUCCUUGCCAGCCUCCUGUGUCUCACCAGGUCCCUUCUCAGUACUGUAUCAGCUCAGUGCUUCAGGAAUGGGUGUGUGAGUUUGUCUGGGGGUGUGUGUGAGUCUGAGUGAGUGGGUGUGUAGGUCCAAUAAACAGCCUGGUUUUAAGACAAUGUAUAAAUGGCCUUCGUUUCUUUUUUGAAUGCUAAGUUCAUUGGGUGUGUCCAGCUAACUUCACAGACCUUGGGGCUGCUGUACUCUGGAAAAGAAGUGUCAGUUUUGACAUUACAGGCAAUACUCUUCUGUUUAUUAUUCACUCACAGGAUUGAUGGGAAAGUUAGUGUUUGGGUGGCUUGUACCAAGGAUUUAUAGAACAAGGUGAAGGGGUAAGAAGCCUGCCGUCAGGCAUGGCUGGUUUUCUCUUUUUUCUGUGCUGGCUUACACUACUUGGCCCCUUUCACUCCAAGCCUGUAGUAGCUGCUGCUGCCCAACUUCCUCUGUCAUCUCUGCAUUUCAGUAGCCACUUUAGUUACUUUUCAAUGGCUGUGAUAAGCCACCAUAACCAAAACGACUUAUUUUAAAAAUCAUUUACUUGGUUGCUUGCUUAUAGUUCUAGAGGGUUAGAGGCCAUGCCCAUUGUGGCGGGGAGUACAGCAGCAGGGUGGACAGGCAAGCAGUCAGGUAGGCAUGACACUGGAGAAGUAGCUGAGAGCUUAUAUGUUGAAAUGACAACCAAGGGAUAAAAAGAGAGCUAACUAGGAUGGCGUUUCAAAGCCCAACACCAGGGACACUCCUCCUUCAAAAAGGUCUCAUCUUUUAAUCCUUCCCAAACAGUUCUACCAGCUGGGGACCAAGCAUUCAAAUAUGGGAGCCUCAGGGGCCAUUCUUAUUUUAACCACCACAGCUUCCACCGCUUCAGUCCAAGGUUCAGAGCCUCUGCUGCGUGGCUUUAGAAAGCUAGUUAGGAUGUGGAUCCCUGGCUCUCUCUUCUUUCCACCAGUUUGAGUCUGUCUAACUCAGAAAUAUUAGGUCCACCAGUGCCCCCUCUAGAAGACUGCUCAGUGGCUCUUUUUCUUGCCUUCUAGCUUUGACCCUUCAACUCCUUUCCAAGUCUCUCCUGGGAGGCAGUGGUUGGCACUGCAGUAGAAUUAGGUAACCAACAUCCUUCAACUCCAUGAACAUUCUGUGCAUGUAUAUACAGGUGCACAUAUUGUCUCUUUGAGUGUCUACUGCGCUGGGCUGUGACAGUGCUCCCGAUGUCAGUCUCGUUGAUCGCUACCCUGAAUGAGUGAAUUGACUGACCUCAUCUUGGAGAAUUGUUGAAAGGAUUAAUAUUAAUAAAAGCUGACAA